CGUAUUGGGAGCUGUCGUUGCGUUUUUAAAAUACGCCAGGUAGAUGACAUUUGGAGGUAGUGGUAAAUUUGUUUGGUUUCAUCAGUAUAUCGAGUUUGUCGGAAAUUAGACUGCCGGUGUCGAAGUUUCUGCUGCUGCCAACAUGUUCGCAGCAAGAGUGUGCUUACGGAAUCUUCCGAUCCAGUGCUUUCGCCCUAUGCUGGCCCCAGUGUCUCCAGCUGUAAGGAACUCCACAGUGAAGACCAUUCAGUGGCUUCAACAGCCAAAACAGGGAUAUGCCUCCAAAGUAAGGUUUGGGUUACGACGUGCAAAAUCUGCUCGUGAAGAAAUGAAAGAAGCAGCAUUUAAACCGGCUAUGGAAACUGCAGCUAAAAUUGACAACUUGGGAAGAUGGAUAAUUGCCGGAGGAGCAGCUGUUGGUAUUGGAGCAUUAUGCUACUAUGGAUUGGGAAUGUCCAGUGAGAUUGGAGCAAUUGAAAAGUCUGUUGUGUGGCCUCAGUAUGUGAAAGACAGAAUCCGAUCCACAUACAUGUAUUUUGCAGGCAGCAUCGGUCUCACAGCCAUGUCUGCUGUUGCUGUUAGUAGAUCUCCAGUGCUCAUGAAUCUCAUGAUGAAGAAUUCUUUCUUGGCAAUUGGAGCGACAUUUGCUGCAAUGAUAGGAGCUGGAAUGCUGGUGCGCACAAUACCAUAUGAACAGAGUCCUGGAUCAAAACAUCUGGCAUGGAUGCUGCAUGCAGGUGUCAUGGGGGCAGUGGUUGCCCCUUUAACCUUACUGGGUGGCCCUCUGCUUAUUCGAGCAGCCUGGUAUACAGCUGGCAUUGUCGGUGGUCUCUCUACUGUUGCAAUGUGCGCUCCAAGUGAGAAGUUUUUGAAUAUGGGUGCACCACUGGGAGUUGGCUUGGGCCUCGUCCUUGCUUCUUCAAUUGGGUCCAUGUUUUUACCUCCAACAUCUGCUUUUGGUGCUGGGCUAUAUUCAAUUGCAAUAUAUGGCGGACUUGUCCUUUUCGGCAUGUUCUUGCUUUAUGACACUCAAAAAGUUAUCAAACGUGCAGAGACCUACCCAGUUUAUGGAGUACAGAAAUAUGACCCUAUCAAUGCGUGUCUUGGAAUAUACACAGACACACUGAAUAUUUUUAUAAGAGUGGCCAUUAUGUUGGCUAAUUCAGGAGGUAGCAGGAAGAAAUGAAAGCUGACUGCGUAGGUGUUUGUGAUUUGACUGUGAUUAUCCAUCUUUUCCUGGCAUUUGCACAUUUUCCAAGUUUAUGUAGACGUUGCUUUCAUUAUGAAUACUAAUGAUCAUAAGGAAAGGUCACAAUCUUAAAAUGUUCUUACAAGAUCUUCUGACUGCUUAUGAACUGCAUACAGUGUUAAGACUCGUUGCACUUUUCAGAUUCUCACUUUACAUGCUGAUUGCCGCUACAUACAUGGGAAGGACUGUUUCAGUAGUAAUUAACAUGUUGUCUUUCACCAGUUUCAUUCAUUAAGCAUGUCAGUAUUGCAGUUCCCUUUGUCACACUGGGGUAGACUCUGCUGGCAUGGAAACUUUACCGGUCAGAUACGAUCUGUGUAAAAGUCAUUAUCACCCAGCACUGUAUGGAGUUCUUCCUAAUUCAGUAGUUCAGUAAAAAUUUUGCAAGUAAUUUGCUUAUUUGACCUAUGUUUGCUGUCAGUGCUGUUUUAUACACUUUAUGUUGUGUGAAUGUGUAGUAUUCAUUUGGUAUAGACUCUAGAAAUGUGUGUUGUUUAAUGCCAUUUCUGAUUAAAGCUCUUAAGCAUACCUGUUGUAAACAAUUACCAAAAAUUUUUCUGAAAUGUGUUUGCUUGAGGGCCUGUUGUAAUUCUGAAAAUGGAGUGUUGUACAGUUGAGUUGUUUAUUAAACCAUCAAAAGUA